CAAAUAAAUGGGUAAGAAUCUCCGACAGGUGUUGGCUUACCAUAGACGCCUAAGAUCAACCAAAGUGGGAGGGAGAGAAUGGCAAAAUAGUCUGCAGCUUCGGGGGAUCGAGGCAGCCAACAGGCCAAGUAGAAGUCGGGCCAAUUCUUUAGUGUAUUUUUUCAGUUUUCGACGCAGAGAGAAGGGGAAGGCAUAUAGAUAAAUGUGUGAAUGAGAAUAUCACCUUCCCUUCUUUCCCUCGCCAUUGACUCCGCUAUCCUUAAUAUCUCUCAUCUCUCCGAUCUCUCUGCCAUUCCGGAACACAUUCUGCUCGACCUCUUCCUGAGAACACUGAGUGCUGGAAAGCUGACAGAGAAGGUUUUGAAGCUGUUUGUGACAACAGGCAAUGAUGAAAUCCUCUCACUGAUUCAGGCGCUUAAUAUCCAGCACAUCAUCACUCCUGUCCUUCCUACUACUAUCAUCAAGGAUGAUGAGGUUGAUGUUGUGGUUGUAGCAAUCCAGCCUGAUCUUACCUCUUUUUUGGAGGAAUGGCGACCUAUCCUUUCCCGAUAUCACCUGAUAAUCAUAAAAGAUCCUGAAAUGAAGGAAGAACUUAAAAUUCCAGAAGGUUUCAACCAUGAUCUGUACACGAAGUCUGACAUGGAUCGAAUCUUGGGCUCUACUUCUAUUCUUUUCUCUGGUUACUCCUGCCGGUAUUUUGGUUAUCUUGUCUCCCGUAAGAAGUAUAUAGUUGCAGUUGAUGAUGACUGCGUCCCGGCAAAGGAUGAUAGGGGCUUUAUAUUUGAUGCCGUGGCCCAGCAUAUUUCCAAUCUCAGAUUUCCUGCUACCCCAUUCUUCUUCAACACACUUUAUGAUCCAUACCAAAAGGGUGCAGACUUUGUGCGUGGGUACCCAUUCAGCCUGCGGAAUGGAGUGAAGUGUGCCCUAUCAUGUGGGCUAUGGCUCAAUUUGGCAGAUUAUGAUGCUCCUACCCAAGCCCUUAAGCCAGAGGAGAGGAAUUCUCGGUAUGUUGAUGCUGUACUGACUGUGCCGUUGAAGGGCAUGAUGCCCUUGAGUGGGAUCAAUGUAGCUUUUGAUCGUGAGGCGAUAGGGCCUGCUUUAAUCCCCGGGCUGCGGUUGGCUGUGGAGGGCAAGCAGAGGUGGGAAACUAUUGAAGACAUAUGGUGCGGGAUGUGUGCCAAGGUAGUCUGUGAUCAUCUGGGCCUUGGGGUGAAGAGUGGGGUGCCCUAUGUGUGGAGGAAGGACAGAGGUGAUGCCGUUGAGACCUUGAAGAAGGAGUGGCGGGGAAUGAAGCUGAUGGAGGAGGUGGUCCCUUUCUUCCAGUCAGUCAAAUUGCCAGGGACUGCAGCGGUGGCAGAGGAUUGUGUGCUUGAGAUUGCGGCGAUGGUGAAGGAAAGGCUAGGUUCGGUGGAUCCUUUGUUUGGACAAGCAGCAGAUGCGAUGGUGGAGUGGAUCCGCCUAUGGAAGGGUGUUGCAUCAGUAGACCGUACUCUUGGAGUGUAAUAGGGGAAUGUAUUCAGCCGUCAAUGUUCUCUCAGUUUCUCUAUUGAGAGCUUCCCCUAUUGCUUCUUUCCUGCUACUUGAUAAAACUUCCUAUGAGGAUUGGUGGCUGAAAAUAAAUAUGUUAUGGGGGUGGUGGUUGUUACAAGUUUAAAGUAAUGUCUCACAUCUUAAAUUCAAAUUCUUGUCAUUUGCUAUUUCUCUAAACCCUUUGGAAAACUCUGACCAGUGAGCGAUUUAAAGAACUUGUGGAGAAGGCUUUCAAAUAACACCUCCAGUAAUAUAUACUUGGAUUAUGUUCUAGGCCAGAAAUUAACUACCAUUACAACCA